UUGAAACUCUACACGUCCUUGCUAAAAGGGGGGGGGGGAGCAAAAGUGUGCAAACCAGAACUUAAUCAAUAAUCUAACCACCUUUUUGCUGUUCUCUGGGUAAGGGGUGGCAUCGAUACCUGGCUUGCUUGAGUCACUUUUCUUACUGUUGUCGGUUGCUUGGAAGUGUGACAUGAUGUGGGAUGCGAGUCAGUCAGUGGCGUGUGAUUUAGUAGUGUGUGUGUGUGUGUGUGUGUGUUUCUGAGUGUCUUGUGCGGAAGAAGAAGCCGAUUUCUGCGUAUCGGCGUAUCUUUCACAUAACGAAAGCGAAGGGAUUCUAGGAAGACGCGCGCGCCACACACACACACGGUGUGUGUGUGUGUGUGUGUGUGUGUGUGCGCGCGCGCGCGCGCGCUGUCUCCUCCCACACAGAAACUGUAUGACCUGAGAUCUCAGUGCUGGGACGGGGACAGAAACAUGAUGCGAUGGACUGGAGAGGAGAGGAGGCACCUCGUGAACCAGGUGCGCGUGUAAAGAUCAUCGCCAUCAUCAUCAUCAUCAUCAUCAUCACCUUCUGUGGUCAAAUCCUGGCAGAUCCGCUGUGCGCUAAAAGGAUUCCGCCGCGGAUUUCACACCUCACCCGUUUGUCUCUGGAUUUUCACUCGGAUAAACCACUCUGACACAGCGCCGACGAUCGAAAGGCCUCACCCGGAUCACCUUGAUGACGGACGCUAUGGAAGGCCACGCACGUUGGUCUAUGUUGUAGGAUGGUAACUCACAAUAACCGGGAAGGCAAUGCAGAAGAAGCAGCAGAAAACGGCAGGAUUGAACUCCCGGAAGCCAACCGCCCCCGUCGCAGACCCAGGCCUCCCCCGGUCGUCCCAGCCGGCUCGGAGAACCGGACACAUUUCCGUCCGUUCAAAAGCGAGAAGGAAUUCAAAAUGAUCGCCGAGACGACCACCAUGCUGGAGAAUAGCGGUUUCUAUUGGGGUACCAUGACCGCGAAGCAGGCGGAGGUCACGCUUCACGGUCAACCUGUGGGAACUUUCCUGAUCCGGGACAGCAGUCAGAAGGACGUCUUCUUCACGCUCAGCUAUGUGUCCGGGACCGGGUCCUUGAACAUCCGCAUCACGUUUAAGGCUUCGCGCUUCAGCCUGUGCGGGAGCAAGGAGGAGUUUGACUCCCUGUUCAAACUUCUGGAAUAUUACACGGAUUCGCCCAAGAAACUCCUGACCAAACCUCUGAGGAGGGUACGGCUGCAGUCUCUGCAGGAGCUGUGUCGCAAAAGGAUUAUUGAAACGUACGGCGGAGACGAGAUCGACAGCAUCCCUCUGAACCCGGUCCUGAAAGACUUCUUGAACUCCUUCCCGUAUCGGUUGUGAUGACGGGUCGAAACGCAUUAACGCGCUGCUGUGUCGGGUGCGAGACACCUGAGAGCUUGUGUAUUGCUACCGUGCUCAGUUCUAUGAAAGAUGGCAGCAAGCUAAAAUAUUACGAAAGAAGACUUGAACACUCCAGCUCAGAAGUUUACACCUGUGAAUGUUUACACUAUGCAGGGCACGCGGUGCCCUGCCACGAUAUUUCUGCUAUGCAGACAGCUAUAUUUUUAGGAUUUUAUACAGAAA